CUCAUCGCUGACGCUGAUGGCGGAGCCCAGUCCUCACCCGACCGUGGUGCUGCACGCUUGCCUCGGCGUGGGCCACCUGAUCCCCAUGGUGGAGCUCGCCAAGCUCCUCCUCCGCCGCGACCUGGCUGUCAUAAUCGCCGUCCCGACCCCGCCGUCGUCCACUGCCGACUUCUUCGCCUCCUCCGCAUCCGCCGUCGCCACGCUCGAGGCCGCCAACCCCGCCGUAUCCUUCCACCACCUCCCGCCGCCGGACUACCCUGUCCCGGACCCGGACCCCUUCCUCCGGAUGCUGGACGCGCUCCGCCUCACAGUCCCCUCCCUCACCGCCUUCCUCCGCUCCCUUCCCUCCGUCGCCGGGCUCGUGCUCGACCUCUUCUGCGGCGACGCGCUCGACGCGGCCGCAUCCGCCGGCAUCCCGGCCUACUUCUACUACACCUCCUGCGCUGGCGACCUCGCCGCGUUCCUCCACCUUCCCCACUACUUCGCCACGACGGAGGGCGGGCCCAGCUUCAAAGACAUGGGCAAGGCGCUCCUCCACUUCCCCGGCGUCCCGCCGAUCCCGGCUUCGGACAUGCCUCACACCGUGCUCGACCGCGCGGCCCGGACCUGCGCCUCGCGGAUCGUGCACUACGGCCGCGUCCCCGAGGCUCGGGGCUUGCUGAUCAACACCUACGAGUGGCUGGAGGCGCGGGCCGUCGGGGCACUCAGGGACGGCGUCUGCGUCCCUGGUCGCCCCACGCCGCCGGUUUACCCCAUCGGCCCGAUUAUCGUCAGGGGCCAGGAGGCGGCGGAGAAAGGGGAGCGGCACGCGUGCCUGUCGUGGCUGGACGCACAGCCGGAACGGAGCGUGGUGUUCCUCUGCUUCGGCAGCCUGGGCGCCGUCUCCGCGGCGCAGGUGAAGGAGAUCGCUCGCGGGCUGGAGAGCUCCGGGCAUCGGUUCCUGUGGGUCGUGCGGAGCCCGCCGGAGGACCCGACCAAGUUCUUCCUCGCGCGUCCUGAGCCGGACCUGGACUCGCUGCUCCCGGAGGGGUUUCUGGAGCGCACGAGUGACAGGGGGAUGGUGGUGAAGAUGUGGGCGCCGCAGGUGGAGGUGCUGCGGCACGCAGCCACGGGCGCGUUCAUGACCCACUGCGGGUGGAACUCGGUGCUGGAGGCGGCGUCGGCCGGCGUCCCCAUGCUGUGCUGGCCGAUGUACGCCGAGCAGAGGGUGAACAAGGUGUUCGUAGUGGACGAGAUCAAGGCCGGGGUGGUGAUGGACGGCUACGACGAGGAGCUGGUGAGCGCGGCGGAGGUGGAGAAGAAGGUGAGGCUGGUGAUGGAGUCUGAGGAAGGGGAGAAGCUCAGGGAGAGGCUGGCGUUGGCAAAGGAGAAGGCGGCAGAGGCGCUGGCUGAUGGCGGGCCGUCGCGGAUGGCGUUUGAGGAGUUCUUGAAGGAUAUCAUGCUCGCCAAAUGAUCAUGCACUAAAGUGAGCAUCAUGGCUGAUCCUGUUACCUGAUCUGUUCUAAUGUUAGCUUGGACUAUGAUCUAUGUGAGAUAUUUCCGGGUUUGUUCGGUUGAUUUCUCCCAAAGAGAUUCGAGGGAGCAUGAGUUUGACAAAUAAAUAUAUGCUGGGUGAUAA